GCUCUCCCUCCCCCUCUCCGCGGCGCCCGGCUGUAUUUGGAGCUCCCGGAAGCCGCCGGCGACUCUCCCCGGGAGCGGCGUGACCGGCACGACUCCCGUCAGGGGGCGGAGGCAGCGGGAGGAGCGGGAGGAGGGUGCCGGCGGCCGCACACGGAUUUGCAUCGCGGAGGACGGGACCCCGGCGCCCCGAGCAGCAUGGCGGACCUGCAGGGCCUGGUGGAGAGACUGGAGCGUGCCGUCAGCAGUCUGGAGCGGCUGUCCGCAGAGGCGUCCCCGGCCCCUGGAGUCUUCGGGGAGGUCAACGGUGUCAACGGAGGUAAGAGUGCGCAUCCUCCGCCACCUGCACCCAGAGACGUCCUUAGCUUGAUCCUCGUCCUGCAGGCAGAAAUGGUACAUGGAGCUUUCCAAGCUCAGCGCGCUUUCCUCCUCAUGGCCUCUCAGUACCAGCAACCCCAAGAGAAUGAGGUAGCUGCGCUGCUAAAACCCAUUUCGGAAAAGAUCCAGGAAAUCCAAACCUUCAGAGAGCGAAACCGGGGGAGUAACAUGUUUAACCAUCUUUCAGCUGUCAGCGAAAGCAUCCCGGCCCUGGGCUGGAUCGCCGUGUCCCCCAAACCUGGUCCUUAUGUCAAGGAGAUGAAUGAUGCUGCCACCUUUUACACUAACAGGGUCUUAAAGGACUACAAACACAGUGACCUGCGCCAUGUGGAUUGGGUGAAGUCAUAUUUGAAUAUUUGGAGCGAACUUCAGGCAUACAUCAAGGAGCACCACACCACAGGCCUUACUUGGAGCAAAACUGGUCCUGUAGCAUCCCCAGCGUCUGCAUUUUCUGUCCUCUCUGCUGGACCUGGCCUUCCACCACCGCCUCCACCACCACCUCCUCCAGGGCCACCUCCGCUUUUUGAGAAUGAAGGCAGAAAAGAAGAGUCCUCUCCUUCUCGCUCAGCUUUAUUUGCCCAGCUGAACCAGGGAGAAGCCAUCACCAAAGGUCUUCGGCAUGUCACAGAUGACCAGAAGACUUAUAAGAACCCCAGCCUGCGAGCACAGGGACAGACUCGAUCUCCAACCAAGAGCCACACACCAAGCCCCGUGUCUCCCACAGCUCACUCGCCACAGAAACAUGCUCCCAUGCUGGAGUUGGAGGGCAAGAAAUGGAGAGUGGAGUACCAGGAGGACAGAAAUGACCUUGUACUUUCCGAGACUGAACUGAAACAAGUGGCUUACAUUUUCAAAUGUGACCGAUCGACCCUCCAGAUAAAAGGGAAAAUCAAUUCCAUUACCGUUGAUAACUGUAAGAAGUUUGGCCUUGUGUUUGACAAUGUGGUUGGCAUUGUGGAAGUGAUCAACUCCAGGGACAUUCAAAUUCAGGUCAUGGGAAGCGCGCCAACAAUCUCCAUUAAUAAGACGGACGGUUGCCACAUAUACCUCAGCGAAGAUGCGUUAGGCUGUGAGAUCGUGAGCGCCAAGUCAUCGGAGAUGAACGUGCUCAUCCCUCAGGAUGGCGACUACAGAGAAUUCCCUGUUCCUGAACAAUUCAAGACAACCUGGGACGGAACCAAGUUGAUCACUGAGCCUGCAGAAAUUAUGGCCUAAGCUCCAGACAACCCGAAGACCUCCAGCCAAGGGUCUGCAACCAAACAGAAACAAGCAGCAGCCAAGAGCUAGACUAGAGGAUCUGGUAGCACCUAUGCUUUAGUUUAAGCCUCCAACAGUUGUGUGCUGUAGAAACAGUGUCGUUUCUGGCUCACUUCUGCAGGUGUUUUGAAAUAUUUAACAUUUCUUCAUGAUCUGCCUUUGUGUGUGAUUUUAGUUCUACAUGAUAACUUGUGAGCACUACAGAUUUAAAGGAAAAAGGAAAAAAAUUCUGUUCCCUUCGUGUUAUAACACAGUAAUAUAUAGGGAAGAGCGCUGCAUGGUCUGCCUUCACACUUACGUUUAGUUGCUAGCUGAAAAAAAACCUUUGCGAACCUGUGUACAUUUUUACCUUGUAGACAAUUUCAAAGUGAAAUUGCCUUGAAAAAAAUGUAUGGGUUUCUUUCUACAUGUUCACUGUUAUCAGCGUGGACACACUGUCAGCACGAAUAAAGAAUUCAGUCACGCUAUUAAGAAACAUAAAUUUAAAAAAUUCCAUGGAAGGACCAAAUCCCGUUUCUUGGUCCUUGGGAGACGUACAUAGUUACUAAAGAACGAAACUGCAUUCUAGUUGUCCAUCUUACGGUUGCUUUAUUCUAAUUGUUCAUUCUAAACACUUUUCCACCAUUUCACCUAAAAGCUCUUACUUUUUUUGCAUAUUUUAUGCCAAAAGAUAGAUGGGAGGAAGCCAUUUUUUGCCAUAUUAUACCUCACAAGUUAACUCUUAAGAACAGCUGAAUUUUUGUUUUCCAGUUCUGAACCUGUGAAAUAUGAGAUGCCUUGUCUACGAUGUCUUUCAUGUUUAUUAUAGAAUAAUUUCUUCUUUUUCACUUGCCAGAUUUGCUAACUAGUCUCAAAAGCAGACAUGGAAAAGCCAUAGAUGUAUUCCUUCUUCUAAAACUCACAGAAUUAGUUGUCUCUUUGGCUUGCUGCUCCUGGUUUAUGAUCUUGGUAGUCCACGCUUGUUCAAUCUGAGUAACUAUGCUAUUCCUUUGUGUCUUUUCAGUACCUAGCGCUGAAAAGUCUGUGACUUCUUGGGUCACAUGUGAUGAAAUGUAGUAGAAUGCUUGCAGAAUCAACCCAAGCAUAUGUACUGUGCCUGUGACAGCAGCUGGGAUAUUUUCCAUGUUUAAGGAUCUUCUAUACCUAUACAGUGUUCAAAUGAAUAAUGCCACGUGCCCAGGUUUUGCUAUAACAGUUUUGUCUGUAUGAAUAACAUUGUGGCUUUAGUAAAUAAUCCUUUUUGAACUGUACACUUAUCCUGAAAUAAAGUAAAAUUCUAAUUUAAA